UUAUUGAUUGCCUUUGCAGUCACAUUUGAUGCCAAAACAAUCGUACCAGGAGGAGUUACGGCUACUUCAAGAUAUUUAAAGCGGUGGCAAGUAAGUGGAGUAAAGGUCCAGGAUAUGCCCGCUCUUAAUCACAUGACAUUGUGUCUGUGGACAAAGUUUCCUCAAACGAAUUUGCGUGGAAUUAAGAUAACCGGCCUGGCCAGGUACUACGACACAAACAGAAAAAGUGGUUUCUUCCUCAGGAACGUGGAGUAUAGUAAAAAUGGUGGAGGUUUUAUACAUUUUGGCCUUGGCCAUGUUCCUAAGUAAGUUCCUUUUGUCAUGUCUGUUUCUUGUCCUAGAGUUAUAUAAUAGAUGUAGAUUCAUGGCAAUUACAAUUUAAAGUUGGCCAAGUACAUCGUGGACCAAGUCAUUGGUGGGGAAAGGUGUUUUUUUGUUUGAACCAAACUAUCUUGAUUACUUGGAAAAAAGAACAAGGUAUCUCAGGAAGAGAAUUUGAUUAUAAUUAAAAUAAAGCCUCCUUUCCCGAUUGUUAUCGAAUGAAUAAUGAUCGAGUUAGCAAAACUCUUUUCAAAAUAUUUGUAAAUAUUGUACAACUUAGCAUAGCCACAGAGGGUAAGAUGGUGCCUCUUUCGCCUUUUCGCAGGAGGAAGACCUUGCGCUUUUCAAGAGCAUUUCUAGAUGAUAAUGAGUGGCACCGAUUAUGCAUUGCUUGGAACGGUGUCAGUGGCGUGACUAAGGUGUACGUUGAUGGUGUUCAGGAUAAAAGUGCCAAAUUUGGCAAAUACGCCGUAGGGGGAUUAUUAAAGGAUUCAUUACCGGGAGGUGGAACUUUAGAAGUAUUACCAGUACACAGCCAGGUAGUCUAUGUGUCUGAAUUGAACCUGUGGGAUAAAGUUCUCUCUGCAGUAGAAAUUUCUGAGUCGUCAAAACUCUGUUUUGGGAAGCAGGGAAAUGUGAAGAAAUGGUCAGAUUUUUGGCCUGCCUUUAGCAAAUACAAAUCUCGGUACGAAGCGCCUUCCCAGUGCAAAUCUCCUAUUGGCAGCAGC